AUGCACUCUUUUGAUGAAGUUUGGAAUGGUGUGAUAACCAUCAAGCACGGUUUAUAUGGUGGAGGAAUCUUCAGAUUCAAACUCCUCAUACCAGAUGAAUUUCCUGAUACAUCUGACACCAUUGCAGUGGUAUUCACUCCUGCCAUCUACCAUCCCAGCGUACAACCAGCAACUGGACAGCUCGACUGCAAACAGAUGUUUGAACCAUGGAAGAAAAACGUCCACCACAUCUGGCAUAUAAUGGCCUACGUUAAGAGCAUCUUCUCAAGCAUUGAUUGCUCCAAUUGUUUGAAUGAAAAAGCAGCUGAGAAUUACACAAAUUCAACGGAGCAGUUCAAAUUUGAGGUCAAGAAAUCAAUUGAGCAAUCAAAUUUACAUUUGUUAAAUGACACAGACCCCGACGACUCUUACGCUUUUCGGUUUGCUGGAUCAGAUGAUGAUGGCUUAAAAGCAAUUGAAAAGCUUAUGCUCACAAUGGAGAUGUUUUCUGAUUCAACUCUACGAUAUAAAAGUGAUUUACGGACACUGGGUUUAUCGUGGUUGUCAGAAAAAAUAUGA